AUGCUCUGUCCGGUAGCGUUGUGGACAUCCAUGGAAAUGACAGCUGUGGAUUUGGUAUACUGUUUUGCUCUUGUGGUGAUACCCGUCCAUUGGAUGCCCGGCGAUCAGCCGCUCCCCCCCAUGCCCUCACAGUUGAUAAUGGAUGUGGAUUCCCCGCCGCUUGGCCUCGGUCUCUAUCCAAUAACAAGUGGUUUUUCCAUGUUUACCCCUUGGAUGAAAGGCCCUUUCGUACGGGGACUCUGGUGCCAGAUCUUUUCUCCCGGACAGACUAUUUUUGUUUGUCGAUUUGUGCACCUUGCCGCAUGGUGUAAAAGAUUACAUAAUCGUGUGAAUCUUGCCCCGCAGUGCGCACAUGCAAGCGUUUUGGUCGCCUUCUCGAGGUCGGUGAUUAAAAAGGCGUGCUCUUUGUGAAUCCGGCUGGUCAUUGGUUGAUAUUCUUCUUCUUCCUCCUCUGGGGUAAAAUGCCCCAGCAAUGUAAAUCCGCACUACCCCCACCUCAUAGACAACUAUUUCUUGGUGGAAAUACGUCGCAAUCAGCUAGAUAUGCUGCAAUUCCACCUUCGCAUUUGGAAUUUCAUGUGUGGCAAAAUAUUCUUGUGCCAUUUGCCUGUUAUUCUCAGGUUGUUCUUUUUAUGGGCUUCUUUGUGCACCACCAAACAACAGAAAACACAGAGAUUGUUGUUAAAAGUAUCCAGUGCAUACAAACCUUUCUUGGUGCAAAGCCAUUCUGACAAACACCCUUCCCCAACAUGUAGCGUUUGGUUGUCCAAACGUACACUGAUUUGGACCGACAUAUAGGCGGCAAACACAAAUUUUGUGUUCGGCCGAGUGAAUGUUUCAUUUUCCAACCUUGCGGUUUCUUGUCUCUCACUCCAGCCCCGGGCCUCUCGAAGAUUGGGAAACCACGGGAUUUUCAUUCCUUCUUCCAACCAUGGAAGCUUUUUGUUGGUUUCAAUAUUUCGAAGCCGGUUGUAGUAUGAAUAAUUUAUUCUGAACAGGUUUGCCAUUCCCCAUUUGAUUCUGUCCAGGAUUUGCCCAGCAAGCGAAUGGAUCAAGUUUGAGAGAUAAUGCCGUUUUAUGAUUUGUUGCCCACGCCCAUUGACAACAAUGUUUUGAAUCUCUUGGACCGCAUUCUUAUAACAAGCCGGUAUGUUUCGUGGGGCUGGUUGGGCUUCUUUGUGGUAAUUUUCAGACAAAGUGUCAAAUUCUCGCAGUAUUUGCGCCCUUGGCCUUCUUGGCGGUGGCAUAGGUAGCUUUGGCACUGGUUUGGGUUCCAAAGGCGGUGGCAACCCUUCUGAGAUUCCACGGCCAAACAUUUGUUUUUGUGCUGAUGUAAACAAAUGAGUUGCCGUCGUUGUAUAUAUGUAUGCAAAAAAGUGCCAAUAUCUAAUAGGCCACUCGCGCCCGUUUUGCACCGCAACUAUGACAAAAUUCUGUCCGCUGUGGCCACCUCGGCAAGCGAUUAAUCUACCAUCUCGGGAUAUUUUCUGUUUCUCUUGGGCGCGAGAAUGGACCCGUUUUUGUGGGCUCAGACUGGCCGUUGCCAUCUGCAGACAGGGGAAAGCAUGGAGACUUUUUUUUGGAAAGCAAGUAGUAUGUCUGGAAUCUAAAUGAAAUCGAAUUUUUCCAAAGGUAUGGCUGUAAGGUAAAAAUGAGUAAUAUGGGGCCAUAUGGCCCUCGGAAAAAGUGAAUUCAUUUUGAUUCCAGACAUACUACUGUCUUGAUGAAGGCAACGUUGUUACCAUGGUGGCAAUGGAUUUAUCCAAGGUGUUUGAUAGUCUUAUUUACUCACUGCUUAUAAGCAAGCUUCGGACAGGCAGAAUUAGCGGGUGAAGUUUGGCGAUGAAAUGUCUGGUUGGGAGCUAAAUCAACGAGGUGUACCCCAGGGCAUUGUUCUCCUUGACAGGCGGUAACCUGUAAAAUUUACCGCUUGAAGCGACACUUCGUACCACCUGCAACCGCUUGAAGUGUUUCAUUCAAUAAUUGAUUAAAUAAUUAUUUGAAUAUGUAUAUGUUUCCUGGUAAAAAAUGAAAACCUUUAAAUUAAAGACAAAUGAAUGUAAAAGCUUGAAGUUUGUCUUGAAAUCUCUUUCACUUAUAAUAUGUGUAAACAGAGAUGAUGUUUUAGACUCUCUGCUUAGAAAUAGUACUAUUCCUGCUUUCUUAAAUGUGGUUGUCUCUUUUUUGACAGGCUGCAAAAAACAAUGAAAGUGACUUGUCAAAUAAACUCAGCGGAGGUGAAAAAAAUCUCACAGCAGGAAAAAAGAAGCGAAAAAGGAAAAGAAAAGCUAAGGUAUUGUUUUAUAGGAUGAUAUGCAGCCAACUCCAAAAUUUUUGUCUUGAUCAAGAUGUGAUACAAUUUAUUCUUUUUCUAACUUCUGAGUCUUUUUUUAUAGGAAGCCUCAGAAUCACAAGAUAUCUCUAGACAAAAACUUGCGGAAGACAACAAGAAAGAGGAUAAGGAGAUUAAGAGACUAGAGAAACUUUUAAGACUUGACAAGAAAAAGAAAGUUCCCAGUCAGUUUAGUCAUGAGGGACUGGAUUGUAUCCUUGGAAUCUACGUACAUGUAAUAAUUUUCUUUUUUAAACAUCUCCAUGUAUGUACAUUGUAUGAACUAAACAGUCACUCACUCUGAAUUAGUACCUAACCUUUCUCUCAAAAUGUCACAAUUUCGGAGUAGUCAAAGUUUGGCAAUGCUUAUAUUUUUUUCAAAGUUUCCCUUAAGCUUAAGCAAGUCACAUAUAUAUCAUGAAGUUUUAAAUUUCAUGGCACUAAAAGUUUUUAUCUUAUUAUUUUAAAAAUUUCAUUCAAUAGUGCGUCCACCAUUCCCUCAUUUCUCCCAAUUACUGUCACAAAAUAGACUUAUUCACAAUGAAUGUUUGCUGUUUGUUCAUUAUCUUAUACUGCAGCUGCUGUGUUGCCUUGACUUAUUUGACACCAGAUUUGUUGGAAGUUUGUGAUCCUUUGUUAAUGACAGGAAGGACUGGUAGCAGUGAUGAUGACGAGGAACCUGAAAAGAAGACAAAGCUGGCUCAUGGCAAGGUAUUCCUCCUUUUAAGUUUUAAUGACUUUUCUUUGGGUAGGCAUAAAUAGUUUUUGAAAUCACACUUUAACAGUAUUCAAAAAAUAAUUACCUAAAACUAUGUAUUUUCCUUUUUGAAAUGAUGGUUAAAAUUGCUUUGUAAACAUGUAAAAACUAACGAGAGAAUGUUCCGACAUUUCGGCAUGAAGCCAUUAUCAAGGAAUGGAAAUAAAAUAAUGUGAGUUCAAAAGGAGCUAAAGUACUCUAAAUUUGCAUGGGAACACGGCUAGACAUAGACUUUAGCACGGAUUGAAUUUGUUUGCACAUUCUAUGGCGCCAAGUUCAAAAGCGAGCCUCAAAUUAACAACUUUCGAGGGUUGCUGACCCGCAGCCAUCGUGGGCUUCUGCGGGAAUGGCGGGAUAUGAUAUGACACGGGUAGUUAUAACCUUUUAUUAAAAGCUCCAUACCACAGUCCAACCCGUAUUUGUGAGUAAGAAAAUUGCCCAGGACCUCCACGAAUGUACGUGAGUCAGACAAAACUGCAAGUGCUUAAUCAACAGUGCAUAGUGUACCAGUUGUUAUGUAACCUGUGCAUUACAGGCAGCUACAGUCGACUCCCGACAGCUCGAACCUUCAAGGGAAAUCAAAAACAGUUCGAGUUAUCGGUAGUUGGAGUAGGCAAAUAACCAGUAGUGAGGAAAUGGGAUGGGGGUCAGAGGAAUACAAGUAUCAUGUACACUUUUCUUCAAGGGCAGCAAGAGAUAUAUUUAUAUUUUGAAAAAGAAAUUGAGCAACAAAUCCUUGAUUAAUGAGUACAGCGCUAACCAUUGUAUUUGAAUAGGACUCCGACAAAACAGUAAAGAGUUUGAAAGAGAAAGAAUACACGAUUGUUUUGAGAGAAAUUCCAUGUUUUGGACUGCAGUUCACUGCGUUUCUUUUUCAAAUUUUCAUGCGCUUAAACCAUGGUUCAAGUUAUCGACGGUAAAAUCGUAUAGAAAUGAUCUGAAGGGAAACAAAAGUUACUUCGAGUUAGUGGGAGAUUCGAGUUAUGGAGGGUAAGUGUAUGAAAGAUAUCCAAGGGAAAUUGAUUUUGGUUCGAGUUAGCGCGAGGUUUGAGUUAGCGAGGGUUUGAGUUAUUGGGAGUCGACUGUACGUUAAUUGUACGUCGGGGCAUCUUUUCACACGCCUGGAUGGCCACAAAAGUAAAUCAUCUUCUGUGCACGAACACUAUGAUAAAGACCACGUGGGCGCUGUCCCGGAGCACCUUCUCAGCUGCUUUAGAGUGCUGAAAAAGUGUAAGAAGAAGUUUGACUGCCUCAUUAACGAAAUGCUUUACAUCAAGCAAUUAAGAUUGCCUUUGAUGGUGCAAACGGAUUCAAUCCGUGAUAAACGCCUUUGUCUAGCUGUGUUCGUUCAUGCAAAUUUAGAGUACUUUAACCCCUUAUUUCAAUUACUUGAUAAUGGCGUCAUGAUGUCACCGAAAUGUCGGAACAUUAUCUCAUUAGUUUUAACAUGUUUAUGUUUCUUCAAAUCAUUAUUGAUUAGUAUUACUUUAGAAAUUUUUGCCUUCGGCAAGUUAAGGAGGUUAAAUAGUAACAGGACAAGAAUUUACAUGUAACUUUAUCUUUUUUUUCAUCUUUUAAAAAGGCCAACCAAAACAGAAGAAAGACACUUGACAUGGGACAAUUGAGCUGUAGUGAAGAUGAACAAGAAGAGUUGGUUACUAGCGGUAAUGAUGAUGUUGUUGAUGAUGAUGAUGACGACGAUGAUGAUGGUGAUGAUGAUGAUGAUGAUGAUGGUGAUGAUGAUGAUGGUGGUGAUAGUGGUCAUGGUGGUGAUUAUAAUGAAGCUGAUAGUGACGUUGAUGAAGAGGGAAAAGCCUUUAACACCAAAGAUAAAAUUGGUCAUGAUAUGGACCAGAAUGACAAGGACAGUAGUAAGAACAAAGAUGCAUAUGAUGAUGAUGAUGAUGAUGAUGAUGAGCAGGAGGAGGAGGAGGACAAUUUCAAGGACAAUGAUGAUGAUGAAGAUGCUAUGAAUAACAUUUAUAAUGAUGUUGAUGAUGACGGCAAUGAAGAUAAUACUCAGAACAUUACUUGUCACAAGUAUGUUCCUCCUCAUUUGAGAAGGCAACCUUCAUCUGAAGCCCAGCGUGAACACUUAAACAGAAUCAGACGUCAGGUGAAAGGUCUACUAAACAGGUAAACCAUUUAAUGAGUAAAAUAUUAGUAUUUGUAUUUUCACUAUCAAAAAGGAACGCACUAAAGAUUAAAAUUCAUAACAACCGGUCAUUGACGGAUUUGCAUAUGGCGCAAUGGCGGCCGCACGUGUUUUUUAACGUUAGCCAAAUUUUCGGCUACCAUUGUUAAGUGCAGGCAUCUGCAAUUGUGCUUUCUUCUUUUUUUUUUAUGGUGUGUGUCUUAAGAUGUUUUGUAUGUCUAGUUAUUGUGAUGUCCUGUACAUUCGACACUACUUUCAAAGAACUAGUUGCUAGCUCGAAAACCUUACGGUUAUCUAGCCGCUAGGCAUUUCCUUCUAUGUAAUAAUAUUUAGUUUAAAUUGUAAUUGAAUAUUCUACGUGUUAAGUUACUAAUUAUUCAAUAAGUUUGCCAUACCCUGUAAUGGAAAUGUGAAUAAAGUGUUGUUGUUAUAAAGUGUUGUUGUCAUUCAUAGGAGUACCACCCUCACCGUUAAUUCCCUUUAGUUGUGUAUAUUUAUUGGCUACCCAGAGUAUGGCUGUUCCCUUUAAAUCGUAUGCUUUCAUAAACUAAUCUUGUUUGCACUUUGCACAGGUUUAGUGAGGGAAAUAUGUCUCUUAUCAGCAGUGAAAUAGAGAAUCUUUUUACUCACAACAGUAGAAAUGGUAGGUCUACUAUAAUAACAUUGCUACUUUUUCAACGUUUCAAGCCAGAACAAUACUGGUGUAGUGACCCUUGAAAACUUAAACUCACAAAAAAAAAAGCGUAAGUAAAAGUCUUAUUCUGUAAGUCCAUUGACUGAUUCAAGCGGGACAUGAGUCCUUCCACCUUGUUUGGAACAAAGUAAUCAAACUACAGAAGAUCUAAGCUGCUUCAUUUAUGAUAAAAUACACAAGGUUUCAUUGACCAGCGCUCCCAGCUUCGUUGCUUUAGACUUAUGGUGAGAGCUGGGGUAGCUCAUACCGGUGCUAAUUGGACCCACUAAGAAANUUUUAUGGUGUGUGUCUUAAGAUGUUUUGUAUGUCUAGUUAUUGUGAUGUCCUGUACAUUCGACACUACUUUCAAAGAACUAGUUGCUAGCUCGAAAACCUUACGGUUAUCUAGCCGCUAGGCAUUUCCUUCUAUGUAAUAAUAUUUAGAUUAAAUUGUAAUUGAAUAUUCUACGUGUUAAGUUACUAAUUAUUCAAUAAGUUUGCCAUACCCUGUAAUGGAAAUGUGAAUAAAGUGUUGUUGUUAUAAAGUGUUGUUGUCAUUCAUAGGAGUACCACCCUCACCGUUAAUUCCCUUUAGUUGUGUAUAUUUAUUGGCUACCCAGAGUAUGGCUGUUCCCUUUAAAUCGUAUGCUUUCAUAAACUAAUCUUGUUUGCACUUUGCACAGGCUUAGUGAGGGAAAUAUGUCUCUUAUCAGCAGUGAAAUAGAGAAUCUUUUUACUCACAACAGUAGAAAUGGUAGGUCUACUAUAAUAACAUUGCUACUUUUUCAACGUUUCAAGCCAGAACAAUACUGGUGUAGUGACCCUUGAAAACUUAAACUCACAAAAAAAAAAGCGUAAGUAAAAGUCUUAUUCUGUAAGUCCAUUGACUGAUUCAAGCGGGACAUGAGUCCUUCCACCUUGUUUGGAACAAAGUAAUCAAACUACAGAAGAUCUAAGCUGCUUCAUUUAUGAUAAAAUACACAAGGUUUCAUUGACCAGCGCUCCCAGCUUCGUUGCUUUAGACUUAUGGUGAGAGCUGGGGUAGCUCAUACCGGUGCUAAUUGGACCCACUAAGAAACGUAAAUAAACACCUUACCAAGGCAAAAAAUAUGUAAAACAAAUCCGCCUCAUUUUACCACCUGCACCACUACUAUUGCUAUAACACAUUUAGCAAUUUUUAGAGUACCUGGUAAAUGUGAUUUAGGUUUAGCUCUCAAUGUCCUUUGUGCCCUAGCCUGAACAAGGGAAAUUGAGAAUCAAAAUAGGUGAAUACCACUUUUAACCAAAAUUUUGUUUUAGACUGCAACUUGUGUGUUCAUUUCCUCCUUACCAGAUAUGAACAAGAUCUUAAGUGAACUUAUACUAGGAUCAUGUGUGUCAAUAUCUUUGAUGCCUGAUAAACUCCUGAUGGAGCAUGUUAUGUUACUAGCAAUUCUCACAAGUCAUAUUGGAACUGAAGUUGGUGAGUGAAAUUCAGUGUCUUUGCAUUGAAUGUUGUGCCACCACUGCCACUUUUGCAACUUUUGACAACUUGGUGGGUUCCAAAUAAUACAGUCAAUCAAAAUUCAAUUUAUCUUAGAAGCAGAUUCAUGUGUUGCAAUUCAAGGUUUCCUUUCUGUUCCUUUGAAAUUCCAUGAUUCUACCUCCCAGGCAUAUUUUUACCUUUUGUUUUUUACCUCGAAAAGAAGUUUAGGUGGCUACAUCCACCUUGGCCACAUUUCCACACAUAUCUUUCUUUUUUUAAACAAAAUUCAUUCUUGUAUUAUCUGACCUAAAAUCACAGUAAAAGCUUCUCACACCAGCAGGGAGGUGUCCAAUUAGUGCUAAGUUGUAUCUUAGGACCAGCUGUUUUUCAUGUUUUGCGGCGUCCGCUAAAACCAAUUUUAUUGUUUUCCGCAAUAUCAUUUUCCAAAAAAAAUUACUUAUUCAUAUCUGUAUCACUAUUCAUUAUUAGGUGCCUUCUUUGUUGAGAGGCUUGCAGAAAUGUUUGAUAAUAUGCACAACAGUGAAAAAGAUAGCUAUGGAAAAGGGAAAGAGUGUGUCAACAUAGUGGCCUUGUUUGCUCAUCUGUACAAUUUUAAGGUAAAUUAAUACUUCAGAAUUGUUAGUUAACCUAGAUUCUCUCAAGUUGACCAAGAAAAUAUUUUAAAAGAUCCUAAUUAUCCUGUAAAAUUUCGUUAGAAGAACCGAAAAAGUUAGAGGACAGCCAAAGAGAGCUGAAAAAGUCAUCUGAUUCUGAGCCAAUAUAUAUUUUACUCUAUUCGUCUGUGAUGUAGUCGACAUUUGGCGACGCUACCAUUGGUUUCCCCGCCAAAUGAUGUCUGAGAAACGAGCGCAGAAAUUCCAUACUGAUGACGCAUCACUACCCAGGUCUGGGUAGUACCUCUGAUUGGCUGAAUCUAAUUUCCCAAGCGGUACGACCAGCGGUAGCGUCGCCAUAUGUCGGCUGUUUUCUCAGGCUAUGUGGAAUGCCCUUUUACUAUUCUUCAUUUAUUCACCACUCCUCCCUCAGCUGGCUUUUUUUGCCUGAUCUUUCUCCUCUACCCAUUUAGAGAUUUUGCACCCGACGAUGUCCUCUAUUAAUAAAGGUUGAUCUUGCAUGCACAUUUCACACUAAUCUAAUAAGUAGUUAAAAAUAGUUCAGAAUGUUUUUUCAAGGUGGAAUUUUCUCAUCUCUCGCAUUUCCUUUCAGGUUAUUGACUGCUGUCUUAUUUAUGACAUAAUCCGCCGUCUUGUGGAUACAUUCUCUGUUCAAGACAUUGAACUUCUCCUAUUUGUCUUAAAAAGUACGAAAUAUGACCUAAACUGUAUUACUUUAGAAGUAACUAGUUAUCUCUUUUGGAGUCUUGAAAUAACACCUUCUUCUAAAAUGGUGUCGACAUUUCAUCAAAAUUAACCGCUAAUAUUACCCGCAAGUGAUAUCCAAACAUCAACAACUUCAAUUUGUCAUAAACUACCAAAACUUAACAGAGAGAACCCAGGCUGUUUCCUCACAUACCACAUGUAGUAUUUUGUAGUUACGCCCAAAACAUUUUAUUGUAUGCCGGUGCAAUUCAGCAGGCAUAGCUGCUUGUCUUAUUUCAGAAGACUAUGCUCCUUGUGAAAUGAGGUAACCUCAAGCCUCUUUUUACGACUUUGAAUGAUAAGCAUUGUUUUGGUACAGGUAAUGGAGCAGAAAUCAGAAGAGAUGAUCCAGCCUCAUUAAAGGUACCAUUCCAUUUUUAAGUAAAGAAAAAUGCACUAUGUUGACACUGUUAAGUCUCUCAUUAUCCACUCCCCUUAGGGUUUUUCAGGAAUAAUUUACAACACUGGUUGGAGGACGUUUUUGCUAGACGGCCUCUGUUAAUCUUUCUGAUUAUCAUUUUGAAGUAAAAUAAAAAUGUUCUUCAAAACUUACGUUUCAUGAAUAUACCUGUAUCAAAAUAUGGAUCCUCUGUUAGCCUCAGGUGUUCACAAGGGUAUGAUCCAUUGGGACAAGUAUCUAAACCUGACAAAAAGAAAACGUAAAAGCAAAGCUGAGAAAAAAGUCACAACAAGGUGUGGAAGAAGGAGGAGACAGGCCUUCCCGCUAUCCAGGGCAUGGCACUAUUACCUGAACAACCUAAACUCNUCGACAUUUCAUCAAAAUUAACCGCUAAUAUUACCCGCAAGUGAUAUCCAAACAUCAACAACUUCAAUUUGUCAUAAACUACCAAAACUUAACAAAGAGAACCCAGACUGUUUCCUCACAUACCACAUGUAGUAUUUUGUAGUUACGCCCAAAACAUUUUAUUGUAUGCCGGUGCAAUUCAGCAGGCAUAGCUGCUUGUCUUAUUUCAGAAGACUAUGCUCCUUGUGAAAUGAGGUAACCUCAAGCCUCUUUUUACGACUUUGAAUGAUAAGCAUUGUUUUGGUACAGGUAAUGGAGCAGAAAUCAGAAGAGAUGAUCCAGCCUCAUUAAAGGUACCAUUCCAUUUUUAAGUAAAGAAAAAUGCACUAUGUUGACACUGUUAAGUCUCUCAUUAUCCACUCCCUUUAGGGUUUUUCAGGAAUAAUUUACAACACUGGUUGGAGGACGUUUUUGCUAGACGGCCUCUGUUAAUCUUUCUGAUUAUCAUUUUGAAGUAAAAUAAAAAUGUUCUUCAAAACUUACGUUUCAUGAAUAUACCUGUAUCAAAAUAUGGAUCCUCUGUUAGCCUCAGGUGUUCACAAGGGUAUGAUCCAUUGGGACAAGUAUCUAAACCUGACAAAAAGAAAACGUAAAAGCAAAGCUGAGAAAAAAGUCACAACAAGGUGUGGAAGAAGGAGGAGACAGGCCUUCCCGCUAUCCAGGGCAUGGCACUAUUACCUGAACAACCUAAACUCAAUGUAUCGCAAGAAGAAAAGAAGGUUAUGGCUAACCUUCUUUAAAAGUACAAACAACCGCUUCUACCACUGACCCCAUACAACGGCCGUGAUGUGGUGUCCGAUUCACGAUGAGGAGAUGCAGUUUCUCAUCUCUAAGAAUGGUUGUCACUUUACGAAAUAUGAAGUGUAAAAUUCAUGGUUGUUUCCUAGUCAAGUAGAGGCGCCCCCUUACAUCAAAUCUGUUCGUCAACAACUCCAUCGUAAACUGAAACUGCAGUUUCCCAUCCUGACUAACGAUCGUCAUUAUCCCGCGAAACCAGGGCUGAAGGUCAGUAAGUCCAUCAAGAAUCCUAGACGCCUGUUCUUUAAUUCCACCAACUUGAAAAAUAUGAUUUCUCUCAGUGGCCCAAUCUGCCAUGAUCCAAACAAAACAGAGAUUCCCUGGAACGAAAACAGUACCAUCAGCUGAAACCUGAAAAGCACCAUCUUCAGCAAGUUAAGCAACCUGAUUCCUCAAUAGCCAGCAGUAUUUAGGGGGUUUCUUUGUUAUUUCGGUGGGGAAAGAGUGGACGGAAGACUCCAACGUACGAUUGAACUAAAUUGCACAAACAUGCAGCUAUCAGACGGUAGAAAUCCUAAAACGGUAACCUUGUAAACAUCACAAUGACGAAAAAGUCGGCCCUGCAAAUUAUAGAAACUAUGUGUUGUUUUUAAAAUCGUAUAGACAAGGAAGGAAGGGGAACCGAUAAGGAAAAAGUCGAAUGCAUUCCACUAUACCACGUACAUGAAGGCAUUCGUUUGGAUCCCCAAAACGUAAGGUACAAUCCAGGUCUCUGAUAAGUGACCAAGAUCAUGUUCAACUCCGCGCGGGGCAAGUUAGGCAACAAUUAAGCAAGAUCCAGGUUAAAGAAAUCGUCGACCACAUGGCUUUUCACAAGUUCCUGGACUUGGACACGCAUGACAUCAGAUACGUGAGUUCACUCACUGAGGAGAAGGUAGAAGAACAUUACAAACAUCAAGAGGAACGAUGCAAGGCUAUCACCGAGCCUGAACAUAUUUGUCGCUUGCUUCACCACUUGUUGCACCCGAUUACACUUAUACGAAGCUUCGGAGCUCUUGGGAAAACACUGUCUUUAUUAUGAUGCAGACUCCAUCAUUUUCAUCAGUCGGCCCGUCAAAACCGACCCACUUCUUGGCGAUGUUUUUGUCGAAUUCAAAGAUUAGCUCAACACGGGAGACAGCAUCGUCGAAAUUGACAAAUUGUAUCGGGUGGUCCCAGGAACUACAGGUACAAGACAUUGCGUGGCAAAACUUGUUGCAAAGUCCGACGUUUCAGCCUCAUCAAUGAAUGGAUCGGCCCAAUUAAAUUACUUUGCACCAAAUUCAGGUGGUCAAUAGUUUCCAAAUACUCCUUUCCAGAGUACAAAAAGUUUCAGUUGGUUCACACAAAAAGAGUAUUGGAUCCACUGACCUUUGUCAAAUACCCAUACGGAUUCAAAUACGUGUAUGAGCGGAACAUAUACAAUUUGUUGAGCCCGCCUACUGGACCACGCCCGUGUGAUCCACUACACAUUACUACUGGUAUUAUAUUAUACGAUCCAGCAUGCACUACCUAUAAUCCAUAAGAUUAAAAACGUGCAGCGGAGGUCAUAGAAAGGAAAGACCGUAUAAAUUUUGAAACAUUUUUUGUAGUAUUUGUUCAGUUGUCGCUUUUAAGUACUGGAGAAAUGAGCACAUAGUAUCGCUAAAGAAAUGUUAACUGUUAGUGUUGAAAAUCAUAAUGUGAGUUUGAAUUUUUCCACUCUGUCAUUUUCAGAAAUGCAAAGUGUAGACCAGAGUGUACAUGUAUUGCUAAGAAAAUAGACUUUUCAUUGUUGUUCAGUUCAAACUGAGCACACUUUGAGGCGUCUAUGUUAUUUAGUCCUCGGUAAUAGAUUCUAUGCAUGUACAUCCAACCUUGGCAAUACAAAAUAUAUCCGUUUCUCUUCAUCUGCAGGAUAUUAUCUUACAAAUCCAGGCAAAAGCAGCUUCUUCAGCCCACCUGACUAGCAAGUAAGAAUUCCAUUUAGUGCUUGAUAUAAUCAACAUAGUGAAUGAGUGGCCACCAAUAAAUAUCCUUGAUUUAAAUGUUACCCUCCUUUGAUUAAAGCUAAUUAUCUCAUGUCAUAUUCAGAGACAACGGAUGAUCAAUUUGAACAAAAAGCGAAUGCAAAAACGCUUCAGAUAUGUGUUGAAUGAAAACCAGUUCUAAUGAAGAUUCUUAAAUAUAAUGACAAGGGAGGCACUGGUGAUACUCCAGAUCAAGCGCAAAAGUUUCCUGUUGAUAAAGAUUUGCAAGACGACACUGUAACAUCCCCUGUUCCAAUUUUAUUUCACCUGGUAGAACCAAAAAAGUACCAAUAUCUUUCUAUUUAUUAAUUUUAAUAAUAUUUCUGCCUGUUGUUUAGUUCAAGAGUCCGUUUCAUGUUGGAGAUCAUAUCCAAUUUACGAAAUAAUAACUUGAGGAAGAUACCAGGUUAUGAUCCUUCGAGAUUAGAACAUCUUAGAAAAGUUCUUCGCUCACUUGUCAGAGAUUCAAGUAAGUUAAUUCAUAAAUAAUGAGUACUGCACUAUAAGUAGUGAAAGGUAAAGGGACUUAAAAUGGUUGAAACUCAAAGUCUUGGUAAGACGACCAAUCAUUAAGUUCUCCCUUCUCCAGUCCUGUAUAUGAAAUUGCACAUUGUUUGUGUGUUUUUUUCCAUGACGUUCCCUGAAACAACUGAGAAAUCAAUAACCAGGAUCUUGCAUGUUUUGGUUGGUUAUUGAGGGGAAUGUCCAUUCGCCACAAUAGCUGACCGGUGCGUCCCCAGUGAUUAUCCCAGAAACAAUUGUAAGACACAUUUCGGUCACACUUUCUCGUUUCUAAAGUAGUGAAUGGUCCCGAGGUGUACACCAGUACGUAACUCAAUAGUAUAGUAUGGAUGGAUAGUCUUUUUGCAGUGGAAUCUCAUCAAUUUGUGCCAUGUGAAGAGCAGUUGAAUAUCUAUAAAAGAUGAUAUCAUAUUCCAUUUUUAUUCUGUGUCAUUCAUAGUUGGUUAAACUAGCUUUAAAAAAUUUUAGUUUGUUUUGAUUUGUUCGGGUAAUGACGGUAUUUGAGCCUUGCAAGAUUCCACUGCAAAAAAAGGGAGUAAAACCUUUUUCCAUACAGCUGAGUUUACAAGUAAAUGUUUCCAAGUUAAUCGAAGGUAGAUGUUUGUUUAAGUCGUUUAAAGACUAGAUCAACUCGUUUAACUUGUUUUAAAGUAGGGAAACUCAUAUAAUUCAAAGGCGGUGAAACGCUCUCUUUUUCAGUCGAUUUUUUCCUGUGAAAUCGCUAUAAUUCAUUUUUGUGGUAAGCUGAAAGCACGACGCACCUUUACUAUUGAAUAUCUCUUUUCACACCUGACUUAAUUUAUUUUAGGCCAAGCAGCUAGUAAUCAGCUGAAAAUUUCUUUAGAAGAUUUACUUAAACCAGAAACAAAAGGUGGGUUUAGUUGUUUUCUGUUUUAUUAGUUUGGAAUAAAGUGUUACUAACACGGACAUGGUUUUCGCUAAUCGAAGCUCCCUUAUUGUUCUGGCUACGUCGAUGCGCCCUUCCUUUAUUGUUUUAAAAUUUAACAUUGUUUCAAGCACUGCGAAGAAUGGGUCCGAGCUUUGUUGUAACCUCACAGAAGGAGAUCAAUUUCACGCGAGCAACAUGAACUUCUCUGGAAUCAGAGCUGGAUGCGUGCUGCAUGCCCGAUACCUGCUUUGUUCUCGGUUUAAUAAUACAGCCGAUCACCAAAGAGGUAUCGUGCUCCAUAAAAUUCCAUGCUGGGGUGAUACGCAUGCUGAAUGUAUUAAGAGAAGAAGGUUAAGCUCACGUAAAACACUUCCCCCUUUCUCGCUUAGCCGCAAUAUUCUUAUGAGUAUGCGCCAAAUGGUCUCUUUAGAAGGCGUCAAAACAGCCUCGUACCUAACUCCCACAAAUGCUCGGUAAUUUUUUUUUGCACAAAUCACCGGGACAAUUAUCGAUGUCCUUUAACGAGCACCAUGGAUGUUUCGGGGUUAUUUGCACUAUAACAGGACAAAGUUGUCGAAAAUGUUGUUUUGAAUGAGCAUUGUAUGUGUUUUUGCUGGUGCCAAGGCUAUUUCAAGUAAGCAGUCACUGUUGGUAAGUUAAUGGCCUGUAAAAGUUACUUUACACCUAGUUCAAAACCUUUAUCACAUGGAACACCGGCAAAUGGAAUGUUGUGUAACAAGUGCGGUAACUGAGAGUUCUGUUACUUUUAACCAUGAAACGCGAGUAGUAUAGUGGGGUUUGUUUACUCUUUUUUUUUGUGCUCGUGCUAUUUUAAGUGGUUUAACUGGUUUGACAGGUCUUCUAGUUAUUGUUUGGUCGUUGAAUUUGUUGGUUUUUGAUUGAUUGACUAGACACUAAGAAAAGUAUUCAUUGCUUGAUUCAUGUUGUCCAAGGAAUAUGCGCUAACUCGCAUGUGACUUAAAAUUGCUGGGCGGAAACUUCAUGACGUAAGUUCUAUUUCCUGCCACUCUCAUUUCUCAAAACAAAUUGGUCCAGUUCCGGUUCACUGAUUCUUGGCGCGCAAGUCGUGCACAUAAUUGAGGGCAAAGGCAAAAUAGAUUUUUCAAGGACGAAAUACGAUUUUUACGUACCCCUCUCCUCGUCCUGCUUCUUCACAAUUAAUUAUUUCGCUCCUUCUCAAACUAUAUAAUUUCCCUCCUCCAUCGCAUUUGUAUUGUUUUUCCUCCUCCUCCUCUUCUUCUUCAUUUAAAAACGUGGUGGAGGAAGAGAGAAAAGAAAACCUAUCACACCGGUUAAACCACCUAAAAGUAACACAUGGUCUUAUCUAGGUGAGAUUCCCCACAUUUUAUUAAUGAGAUAAAUGCAAAAGACUAUAACGUCAUUGGCGUUAAUGUUUCCCUAGCUGGUUUAUGAGAUUGCCCCGCAAAAAAGGAAGAAACCGGACCCUUCUAUACUAGUAACGCGACAUACUACGGUCAAGAUUUGGAGAUACACUACUCCAUUAAGGGGUCUUUUUUACUGUCUGAUAUUCUAACUGACCGUCACAGUGUGGGUCGCUCGUAAAAGUACUGGAAGUGUCUCAGUAGUGAAGAUAAUGCAGCGAUCAAACCUUUGUUCAAUUUUCAGGCUGUAGAUAGGUUACUUUCAUUAUACCCGGAGUAAAAGCGUUAUAAUUUUUGCUUUUGGCGUUUUAUCGCAAAAAGACAAUUCAUUCUUGAAAUAAUGAUCAUAACAUCCAUUCAUUUAAUGACAUUUGUAAACGAUGAAUGUUUUUUUUUUUUGUCCCAAUGCUGGGACACAGAAUCCAAGAUUGUAGAAGAGAAUUUUGGAGUAACUUCAGAUUAAUGUUCUCAUGUAGGUCGCUGGUGGAUUGCUGGCUCAUCCUUGUCAAGGAGAAAUGGAAGGGAGUUUAUAGUGGCAUCCUCUGCCCAAAUGGAAAACACUAAGUUAUUAGAACUGGCACGUAAACAACGUAUGAACACUGAUGUCAGAAAGAAUGUGUUUCUUGUUAUGAUGACUAGCGAGGUGAGCAAUUUUAAACCCCUCCUCCCUUGUUUUUUACCCUUUAUACUUAGAUUUCGUGCAUCCGCGAAUGUGCGUUUGUUAUUCCAGAGUACAGUGAAAAUGCAAAAUUUAUGAUGAACUCCUACAUGACGGAAGAUACGAUGCUCCUGUAAAACAAAUGACAUUGUUCGCCCCUAUGUAGUUAUAGUAAAAUUAAGGCCGGAAUCGGACCCCGAUACAAUUGACCACCUUCAUAACCAACGAUUGUUCCAGUCCCCUCAGGUCACUUCGUUAAAUCGUGGUCUCACGGAAGUGAAACGAAAUUCUUCUCAUGGUAGUGCCUCUGAAAAGUUGAUAGUUGGUCAGUUUAUUUUCUCUACCCAGCGAUGGUUUAGCAAGUGAAAAUAAGAAGCAACAUCUCUGAUUUGUUGCAGCUAAAGCUGCUUGUUCAUUUUAAAAUUACCAACACACCUCUGUCCCCAUAAUGUCUAUGUGUUUAUCGACCACGCGAUAUCCUCGAGGAGGCUUUCCCCGGUGUCAGAGAAUUACUUGUUAAAGCGGGUGUGCUUUUCUCUUUUAAGCGAGAGUUACUCUACGUAUCUGGGGUCCCCAACUUUCAUGUACGCAUCUUGUUCCUCUGUACUGUACAAUAUACACGUCAUUAUGUUAUGAACUCAAGUAAUUCCUACUUCUUACUGCUGCUUUUGUUGUUAUCUGUAGGAUUACAUCGAUGCAUUUGAAAAGUUGCUGAGAUUGAAUCUAAAAGAUGCUCAGACUCGGGAAGUAAUUCAUGUACUUAUUGACUGUUGUGUGCAGGUUCGUAGAACUAGUGAACAGUCUCGUUUUGUUGUUCAGUCAUAUAAUUGGUGAUGUGUUAAACAUGUUACCGGUUAUUGUUUCCAGGAGAGGACAUACAAUCCUUACUAUGCGUAUCUUGGCCAAAAAUUCUGUGAAUACAAUCGCAGCUAUCAGGUAAGCUAAUCCUACACUUCCAAAAACGACUACAACCUUGUAGUAAGACCAAACGUUGUCUGUUUAUCCACUCUUCAAGGAGAUUUUCGAGGACGGCUUAUAACACUGUGCGCCUUAUAGUUCAAUGAAAGAACCUUACAUAGAUGUCCUCUAAUACUAAACAAGUUCAAACCUCAGACAUGGAUCUGUGUGUCUCCUCCUUCGCAUUAAAAAAAAAACAAAACAAAACAAAACAGUUUUAAAAGAACUUUUGGUUUAGCAAUUUAGCCUGUCCCACAAGCUGUUGAUGUAGGGUUUCAGUUUUCUGCAGUCUAACUGGAACGGGCUACGUCACUUUCAUGUGCGACACCCCUGAAGGUAUCUAGUAACCUUAAGUCUAGCAGACAUUCUUUAAAUAGCAGAAGUCGUUCGCUCAGUUUGAUUUAUUGCUGUUUUUAUUACGUUUUUAGGCGGUAAAUCGGCUAUUUCUUCGCAAAACGCGUGAACUUUCCUGCCAUCUACUCUAGCUCUACCAAAACAACUCACCCUCAGGGUUUCUUGGUUGUUGCCGUCGUUUUUUGUCUUUUUUCUGGCGUUAGCUUGUAGUAUUGACGCCAUUUCACCAAGCAUAACAAAAGUCUUUUAAAUUUGGUUAACGCUAGUGGGCUAUGAAGAAUUAGCCAAGGGAUCUGAGCCAGUUAGAUACGGAAAAGUAUUUCGAGUGAAGAUUAAAAAAGGAUGAAUCUCGAUCUUUCUCUCCCGUGGUACCAUAUAACUGACUAUCUAAUUCUUAUGAAAUAUAAAAUGGGUUUUACAUUCACUAUUAGACUCCUAAUAACCAACGAUCGAUAGAUCAACCCUUCCAGCAAUAUCAUAAAACUUGUUAUUUAGAAAUUGCUUGAAUAAAGUCUCAUCUUAUAGUUUUGAAUAUGCACCGUUUCAAGAUCCUUACUGCAUUCCUCAACAGGCUUGUAGGUGGAUAGCACUAUCCACCAUAUGAACUUAGCGAAUUUUCAACUCCUGCCACAAAAUCAAGAGUUGGCUUGAUUAUUCCUGACCGACCUUCUUAAGAUCAUAGGACUGCGACGGCGGCGAAAAGUGAUUUUGGGUUCCUUAAAUCUUCAUUGUGAUUAUUCCAACUCCGUUUCUUUGUCAAAUGCGGGCGAAUUGUCCUAAGAGGCAUAUCCAUGGUGCAUUUCGAACCUAGACACGUGUUACUUGAUUUCCCAUCGACCGUUGGUUUACCUGAUUAUCUGAAGUUUUCUGUUGUUUAAACGUGUGCUUUUACAACCUGUGACUUGUAUUAUUUUCAGGUUACAUUUCAGUAUUCUUUCUGGGACAAGCUUAAAGUUGUUGGUGACCUAGCGUCUCACAGUGUUGAUAAUCUGUCUUGUCUCAUGUCUCAUCUCAUCGCCACAAGAGCUUUAUCUUUAGCAAUUCUUAAGGUAUUAAGAGUAUGAUAAACACAAUUGUCAUUUUCCUGAACAAGUAAUUUUAAAUCGUUAUAGUGGUUUUAGGGGACCAUUAGAGACAGAAAGAUCUUGUAUUUCCAAACAUUGAUAUUGUGUUACAUCAUGGGAGGGCUGGUAUGGAAAGUGUUUAAAUUAAGUGGUUUUCACGAAUGUCUUUUAAAUGACCAAGGGUGAGUAAUGUGUUGUUGGAGCAAAAUGUUUUUGUUGAGCUUCACCUAGGUCAAACGAGAUAAAUUUGCAAAAGCUAAAAGCGAAGGUUGUUACUUUCACUGUUCAAAGUUUAGUUCAUUAACAAUGCGCUGGUGAUUCACUAAAGUUUAGUAAGAAAUAGAUUUCUGAACGUUCGAAAGCAGAAACUGGCAUUUUCGGCGAUAUUUGCCUACAUGGCUCUACUCAGGUGCGAAAGAUUUUGAACGAAAGGAGGCUCAUUAUUUUGAGAAGAAUGCAUAGGUAGUUUUAUGAACGUAUUCUUUUGUAUACCGUUGACCAUGUUUUCAAAAUAAAAUCACAGUAAUAAGACGAAAAAACGUCUCAGACGUUGGACCCUGUUGAAUAGUUGGGCUUUGUGAGUGCGGACUUUUUCAAACACACAACAAAACGUUGGAACGGGAGUACAAACUUUGACUUCCAUUACCCCAGUAACUGAGGAGGUUGUAUGGACUAUGAUCUGCCGUAACAAAAGCACAAUGCCAUAUCGGUUUUACAGACAUGGUGACUGCCACUUGUUUAUGUUGUGGCUUCACCAGAAAGCCCAGCAAACAAAUGCAGUCAUCUAGGAGACCUCGUAAAGCUGCUGGAGUUAGAUCAGAGGAUGGCCAGUAGCUAAAAAGAAAGCUUGAAAUUGAUUCCCACAUCGUCAGAACUUCUUAAAAGUCGAACGUCAUAGGAAAUGUUGAAUUGGUUUUACUGUAUAAAGUACUUUGAAAGUAGUUCUCAGAUUUGUACUUUCUCUGUUUUCAUGUAUAGGUUGUAAACUUUGUGGAGCUUGAUAAGCCGUCUGUUCGUCUUUUUACCAGUCUAUUUCGUCAUCUUUUAUUGGAUUACUCAACAGAUAUUACAAGGUGUGUCAAUACUUUUUUGAACAUGCAAAACAUACGUUAAAUCCAUGCGAAUAUAGCCUUUCAACAAGACGUCAAGUUACCAAUGGUAAAACUUGCAGUAAAACACGUGACGCAAAGGAUGAAGAUUGUACUUUAUGAAAUGGAGGUUGGAGCAUUCAAAAGUCAACCGUAAUACCGAAAAUCCUCUAUCCACCCUCGGGGCUUAUUUCGGAGGGGAGGUUUGUUUAAUUUAGCGAAGAUAAUGGUAUCAACUCUCCAUAAAGAACUUGAACGCAAUGUGGAAAAGCUCUGGGUCAUGAAGUUGGAGGUCAUGCAGUGAAGGAACAAAAACAAAUCCGAACUUCUAUCAAGUGAAUGAACCAUACUGGAUCAAUCCACCUGAAGUGUUACAGUCGUGAUUAAUUAAUACAGGCUAUCAUUUAAGAACUAGCGGGGAGGGGAGGUGGGGCUUGAAACCGAGGGGGGUAAAUUACUUUCUUCCCCUGAAAAGGGGGGCGUAGUAGGUAGAGGGUCUUAAUAGAUGAUUUACUGCAAGUAAAUUACAAUCGGCUCCCGUUAUUGCGAACUCUAUUUCGGCGGAAAUACAUCCCACCAUGUUGGGGCUGGUGGGCAGUCACUAUAAAAUUAUUAUUUUAUUUCGCUCCACAGAAAUGUUUUUGAAAGGAUUUCUACUGUGCAAGGGCUGUCUACCCUUCGUCAAAGCCUGCGCAUUUUUAUCAAACAUUUUGUUGGAAAAGGCAAGAUAUCGAAGACUUCCAAGACUGAUAAACACACUGAGUUAAAAGAAAGGCUGCAACUUGUAGAUAGCAUUCUUGGAGCUUCCGACCGUAUCAAGUUAUAGCAUUUUAUGGGUUAGCAACACGUUAUUAGGAA